UGUGUGAACAAGUAUCGUUACAUCCUUGAAUAUCACAGACUCCAAAUUGGUCGCGUACAAUAUAACCAGUCUGCAGGUGCAUCAUAUUAUAAUGUACUUAUUUUAUGGUGUCCUAUAAGAAACCAAAUCCGUUUUUUAUUUUAAGUAAAAGAUUUUUCAUUUUGAGGACCAGGUAACCCACAUAGUUAGAGAAACCGGUCGUAAAUUAUUAUCUUCGAGUUCACGAUAAUUAAUGAAGCGGGUACUCAUUAACGGAGAGUAGUAAAAUUUCUUUCACGAAGUAACUGUUAGUACAAAGUAUAAUUUUGUUUUUCGCUCGUCGAACCAGUUCUACAUCGAAGUUCACAGAUCUACUGUACUUCCAGAGAAAAAUUAUGUGAAAGUCUGUUUCUUCUUUCAUCGCGGGAAUAUCGCGAUUUUUGCUCGUUUACAGUUUGCACAGAUAUAGCGCGGUUGUAAAGUCUAAAUAUGAAAUUUACAAAUCAUCCACGUUUUAAUUUACGACUGCCCUGUAUCUUCAGACUCAACUUCACCAGGCAAAGAUUAUUAAGCGUACAAUGGCUCCCAGUGGAUCAGUGGAGCAACAAAGAUAUAAAUUCAAGUACUCGUAAAAUAUCUGGUGUUAGUAGCACGGGGGUAGAAAACCAUGUUCCUUUGAAUGAUUUCCAUGAAAAGAUUUAUGGACGUCGAAAAUAGGUAAAUAAACUAUGUUACGAGAUGAUGAGGGAUCUUUAAGAAGGACUGUUUACUUCCUCGUUGGAGAGAAGUAAACCAGGUGCAAAGUCAUAGAAUUUCUACCUGUAAUUCAUUUACAUGGGUCAUCAGCGUUUUUCACCAUGAAUGAUAAAUUUGUUUCCAAGUUUCACGAGAAAUAAAUCAGGUCACCAAUGUGUACAUAAUAUGAAGUGCACGCGCUUGGGGUAUGAAUAUUAUUCAUUGGUUAAAUUACAGAGCAAUUUAACCAAUUCUUGUGAAUCAGAAGGGGUUACCCUGGUGUCACUACAUAACACCAAACAAACAAAAAAUACUGAUCGAAUUGAGUAACCUUCUUCGAAGUCGGUUAAAAAUCAUAAUUUCUUUGAAUUUUGAUGUAAAAUUCUGUUUAUUCCAACAUUUUAAGACGACGGAAAUAUCUCGAUACCCUUGAACUUGUUACAUAGAACCCGAGCCAUGCUAACACGCUAAGCAUGAAAUCAAAGGCUUCAGGGUAGAAACACGAAAGUGGGUCAAAAUGUAACAUUACAAUAUUCGAUUGUACGAAAGUAGCUAUUGUUCUAAAUUCUUCGUAUCGCACUUUAUUUGUCCGUUAUUUUACGGUAUCUGCGAUUCGCGAAAAAUAAUUAAACUUUCUUUUUCUAGUUUACACAUGUACACAUUUAUAUCGAGGUUCGUUAUUCACUAUCCAAUAUGUUAGCGGUCACUAAACCAAUGCUUCUUACGAAUAGACGAGUUUAUCGAUGAAUCAGAAUGUAACCUUGAUCUUGAGGACCACAGACCAAGCUGAUGUUUUGUGAAUUAAUUGAUAAUUCUUUUUUCUUUUUGUAAUUACAAAAUACUCGUCUUAUAGCUGUGAUACGACGUAAAUGAAAUUUACGAAGUCACGCAUGAAGCGAAUUUCACUUGCAACAGUUUCUCGACGAAGAAGGUGAAAUCACCAUUAUAAGUGAUUAAAGUUUCCUUUAACUGGUACAUUGUAAAAAGUUGUCUUUUAACCCUUUGAGGACAGAGCAUUCGUAAGCUUGCAGAUAGUAUUAUUAAUUUAAAAUAAAAGGAGUAAUAAUUACAUCCUUGAAAGAAUAUAUUAUAAAUUUUUACUAUCUACACUUACAGCUUUAAUUACUUCAUUAAUUAUUAUUCAUAAGAAUAUUCGAUAAAGACUAUUACCCGAGUAAUUGUAUUUCUUUAAAAACAUUAAUAAUAAGGAUUCUAAAGCUGUUUAAUAUUUCUUAUAGUUAUAUUUUGUAUCAAAAAUAUAACGCAAUACGUACAAAAUUACAAAUCACUGUGACGAUUAAGUUUAAACACACAUAUGCGUCGAUCGUCCUCAAAGGGUUAAUUCGUUGUGACUUGAGGGCGUAGAUCUACCCUCUGUGAAAUUAACCGUUCCAAGUAAAAUGAUCACUUAUGGUAAAUUGUCAUAGAGAAACUCUUAAUGAUACACAGAAGCAAAAUUGCAACCAUAAGAGCGGUAAUUAAUAUUUAAUUAGAAAGCUUGCUAGAGGAAUCAAUUUCUUCUUACUCCAUUCAAUUAAUAAUUACUGUUAUACAAGUUUCUCGUCACCUUUUCCUUCAACCAUAAAAAAAUUUAUUGUUUUUCAAGCGUUUUACAAGCAUUCAAAAUCACGGUUGAAGUAUAAUCGAUGAUGCAAGCUUGCAGUUUUUCUUUUUACGUCGCGUUACGAUAACGUGGUUCGCGAGGCAGGAAAUCAAAAUUAAACGAUAACAUUGUUAUCGUAGAACGUAGAAAAUUGUAUUGUGAAUAAUGAAUGAUGCGUACUGGUCAGUGUAAACGGUGCUCGGGAAAAGCAAACUUCGCUUUGCUUGGCAGGAUGAAAGCAAGCGAGGUAUGAAUUAUUAAUAAGAAAGAAGGCUAAGAAGAAAUUCAAACGUCCAAUUUCAAUCGAUGAACUGUUCCAUAGGUCUGUGUUACGAUUAACUCGACCGUCGUUGUGGAACGAUUAAAGAAUAAGUUGCAAGAAUGAUUUCACGACUAUGUUGCGAAAAUUGGACUUCAUUAUUGACACGGAAGUAAAAGCGAAAGCAACGAGAUUGCUAGGAAACGCGAUCACUCGAUAAAGUACAGGAAGUCUUUUCCAUGGAGAUACACUGACUGAAUAGCUAGGCUAUUGCUUGGUAUCGAUUAGUAUGGCAUUAAUAAUACCGCGAAAGGCAUCUCUAUUCAAUCAGCAGAGGUUAUUAAUUUACAUUUAUGUAAAAUGUAUGAAAUAUUUGAUUUUCAUCGGGAAAGAAGUAACAAACGAAUGACUUUAUUAAUUAUUAUUCAUAAGAAUAAUAUUCGAUACUUCUUCUUUCCACCUUAACACUUUGAAUCAACAAAGACUAUUACCCGAGUAAUGGUAUUUCUUUAAAAGCAUUAAUAAUAAGGAUUCUAAAGCUGUUUAAUGGUUCGGAUAUCUAUAAAUAUGUAAAACAAGACGUACGACGGUGAACGAAGUAGCACGCGAAAUGUCUCGUUAAUCAUUUAUAAUUUUCUUCUUUUUUCCUUUGGGGUCGUCGAAACGAAUACGUAGUUGGAUUUAAAAAAGUGACCUUAUCUUGUGUACUUACAUAUCAAUGACCCCGAGUAUUUAUUUACAUUUACUCGCGACAAAAUAAUAUAUCAUUAAAAGUGUUAAAAUGUUAUCUUGUCUAUUCGAGAGUACAUCAUAUUUAAUUUAAUAAAAUCUUGCCAAAAAAUCAAAAUACCUUGGAAUAAUGGUACUAUCAAUUUUGAGAACGUUGUGUACUGUUUGAUGCGGUCGUAUGAAUAAUUAACCCUUUGCUGACCCAACAUACAGGGGCGUAACUAGGUAGGGGUGUAGGGAGCCCUUAAAUUGUAAGAUUCUAAAAUUCCACAAUUUCAAAACUCCAGUGUAUAAUAUAUACUGUUUACAGAACAUGUUUUGCCAUUUCAAAAUUGCAUUCCUAUCAAUCUCUUUUUUUUUAAUCCGAAAAGAUCGAACAACCAUUUAAUCAAACAACUUUAUCGUUUGAUAAGCUGUCCGAUAUUUCUAAUUUAUCAAUUAAUAAUUAAAGAUACUGUUACAGGAGAUACUAGAAAAUUCUUUCUUCAUCACGAGGAUUAGCAAUAUCUGAAUCAUUGGAUGGUUCCAUUUUUCAAUUAUUCCACUCUUUCGAAAUUCUUAUGAAAAAUUUAUAACCGAUAGCUGGUGAAUCACCAUGGCUCUAGAUAAAUUUUUGCCACGUUGGAAGAUAACGUAUUAGUCACAAUCUUCCGAUAAGUGUGAUGCAGCCGCACCAAGGCAUUUGUUACAGUGAGGUCAUAGCCAAGAUCAGAACCAAACUCAUUAUGCAAUACUCAAAAUGGAAGAAACAUUCGCUGUGUAAUUUUUCUCUAAAAGGUACAGCCUCCAAGAAGAAGGUACUUUAUAUACUACUUCAAGAAACGUUCUGCAAAUGUUCAACCAAGUACCAAAACUCGGUGAAAAGAAGAUCAAAGAUAAAAACGAAACAUGGACAUUUUUCAACGUAACAAACUACAGAACAUUAAUGCGUUAUUGUAUUUUCGUAAAUAUGUGCAUUGGAUUUUUGCAUUUUAAAAUUGUCUCAUCGAGAUACAUAUCAAAAUACCGUUUCUCAUUUUCCGCGAUCUUGGUGAUCAUCUUCAGCAUUUGUAUGGUAUUAGCCAUAUACAAAGUUAAUUACGUUAUGGAAAUCGACGAGUCUGUGAUUUUACACAGCAAUUUCAUUUUUUUCUUGAGUCCCAUGAUCGUUAUAUGUGGCUACAUUUCAAAUCAUUCUACGGUACGAAUGAUUGAGAAAGUGGAAAAUGUGGCUACUCUGCUGCCACCGAAAACCAUUCGCAAAUUAGCCAAACUAGUGUACGCGAAGGAUGUGUUGUUAUUCAUCCCAUCUAUUCUGGGUUUUCUAAUCACUGUGAAGGGAUCUGGAUACAUAGUUGGCUGCACCUGUAGUUAUGUGUUUUUCUCGAUGGUAGCGGCAAACUCUUUGUACGUGAACAAUGUGUACGUGUUGAAAGCUUGUUUCGAAAAAAUAAAUGAUUCCUUGGUGAAACUGAACGAAACGGUGAUCAACGAAGAGCCGCAUCUGUUCAGCAGAGUAUAUCAAUCGCAGGAAAAUCCUGAGUUGCUCAAACAACUGAGAAAUCUUAGAAAACAACAUUUAAAAAUCACUGCUGCUGUCCGGUCGAUUAACGAGACGUAUAAUGUUCAAAAUAUCGGAUCGCUUGUAAUGACCUUCAUUGACCUCACGUUUAAUGUGUAUCAUUAUGUGGUACUUUUUACUCAAGAGGAUAUCGUUACCGUAUGGUUUUCCAAUAUUAAUAUGUAUAUUAUACAUUAUACUUUCAAUUUGAUUUUGAUUGUUUUGACCACCGAGACGACUAAGAGCCAAGCCCAGCAGAUUGGUUGUAAUGUUCACCGAAUCGUCGUGAAUACUUUUGAUAAACAGACGACGAUCGAGUUGGAAUUAUUCUCUUUGCAAGCGCUACAGUGCCAAAGCACCUUCUCGGCGAUGGGUCUCCCGAUUGACGCAACCAUUUUGACAAAGAUAGUGGGCUCUAUUUCCACUUAUGUGGUACUAUUGGUACAAUCUCUGCUUGUAACGCCCUGUUGAGAAAAAGCUCUAAUGUAAUGAUUUUUAAGUGAAUAUUGAAGAAACAAUUAUGGUCGAUUGACGAAGAACCUGGCAUAAAUUAUCAACUUUCAGCACCUGUUUUAAUCAUACUAAAAGCACACUAUGCAAUCAGUUAUA